GGUCAGUGUUCAGCAGCUCUCUCAGCUCUCAGGUCCUCUCAAAGGUUUUCUCCGGCUGCAGUUUAGUCUGGUUCUAAAGGUUUUCUCCGGGUCCAGGUCCAGAUUGGUCUGGUUCUAAAGGUUUUCUCCGGGUCCAGGUCCAGGUUGGUCUGGUUCUAAAGGUUUUCUCCAGGUCCGGAUCGGUCUGGUUUUAAAGGAUUUCUCUGCAGCUCUGAGGAUGAUUCGGGUCGCGGUUCUGCUCGCUCUGCAGGUGUUCACCUGUGCUCAGGAGGGGGGGUGGCAGGAGGACCUCCCGGAGCUCAGUGACGUGUGCACAGAGGGCAGCUGUUACCCGGCAACAGGAGACCUUCUGAUUGGCCGAGCCCACCAACUGUCGUCCACCUCCACCUGUGGACUGACCCGCCCCGAACCGUUCUGCAUCGUGAGCCACCUGCAGGAGGAGAAGAAGUGCUUCCUGUGUGACUCUCAGUCUCUCUACGACCAGCUGACAGGACAGAGCAGCGGCCAUCGAGUGGAGAACCUGGUGACGACCUUUAAUAACAGACUGAAGACCUGGUGGCAGUCUGAGAACGGUCUGGAGAACGUCACCAUCCAGCUGAACCUGGAGGCGGAGUUUCACUUCACACACCUUAUCAUGACCUUCAAGACGUUCCGACCCGCUGCCAUGUUGAUCGAGCGCUCGUCGGACUUCGGGAAGACGUGGCAGGUUUAUCGAUACUUCGCCUACGACUGUGAGAGUGCGUUCCCGUCCGUCUCCCAGGGGCCCAUGCAGAAGGUCGAUGACAUCAUCUGUGACUCGCGUUACUCCGACAUCGAGCCGUCCACCGAGGGAGAGGUGAUCUUCAGAGUCCUGGACCCGGUGUUCAGGAUCGAAGACCCCUACAGCCCCAGAAUCCAGAACAUGUUGAAGAUCACCAACCUGCGGGUGAAGUUCACCAGACUGCACACGCUGGGGGACAACCUGCUGGACUCCCGGGUCGAGAUCAAGGAGAAGUACUACUACGCCAUCUUCGACAUGGUGGUGCGAGGAAACUGCUUCUGCUACGGACACGCCUCUGAGUGCGCGCCCGUGGAGAGAGACCGCCAGACCAGCGAAGGCAUGGUUCAUGGACACUGCAUGUGCAACCACAACACCAAAGGUCUGAACUGUGAGCGGUGUCAUGACUUCUACCACGACCUUCCCUGGAGACCUGCUGAGGGCCGAAACACCAACGCCUGCAAGAAGUGUAACUGUAACCAGCAUUCGGACUCCUGUCACUUCGACGAGGUGGUGUUCGUGGCUUCGGGAAACGUGAGCGGGGGGGUCUGUGACGAGUGUCAACACAACACGGCAGGAAACAGCUGUGAGCGAUGCAGACCGUUCUACUACCAACAUCUGGAGAAGGAUGUCCGGGACCCCAACAUCUGCCAGCCCUGCAGCUGUGAUCCUAUUGGUUCCCUGAAUGACGGCCUCUGUGAUUCGCUGACGGACGUUGGUCUGGGGCUGAUCUCUGGUCAGUGUCGCUGUCGAGUGAACGUGGAGGGAGAGCGCUGCGACCGCUGCCGAGACAACACGCACGGGCUGAGCAGGGAGGGGUGCACAGUGUGUACCUGCAACUCUUUGGGAACACUUGCUGGAGGAAAUACCUGCGACAGUGAAACAGGAAACUGCUUCUGUAAACGUCUGGUGACUGGACGAGACUGUGACCAGUGUGUGGCUGAACACUGGGGUCUCAGUAAUGAUAUGGACGGCUGCAGACCAUGUGACUGUGAUCUUGGAGGAGCCGUCAACAACCAGUGCGACCAGGUGAGCGGUCAGUGUGUGUGCAGGGGUCACAUGUUCGGCCGGCGCUGUGAUCAGGUGGAGUCUGGGUUCUACUUCAUGGCUCUGGAUCACUACACCUACGAGGCGGAGGACGCCCUCUUCGGACCGGGUGUGUCUGUGGUUCCUCGGCCCCACCCUCUGGACCGCAGUCCCACCUGGACAGGUGUGGGCCUGGUGAACGUCCCCGAGGGAGCAUACCUGGAGUUCACCGUGGACAACAUCCCCCACUCAAUGGAGUACGACGUCCUGAUUCGCUAUGAGCCGCAGCUGCCUGACCAAUGGGAGGAGGUCCUGAUGACCGUGCUGAGGCCUGGACCAAUCAGAGCGGACAGUCGCUGCGUCAACACCGUUCCCGACGACGACCACCAGACGACCUCGCUGCACCCCGGCUCCCGGCACGUCUCCCUGUCUCGCCCCGUGUGUUUCGAGGCGUCUCUGAACUACACCGUACGUCUCAGUCUGCCGCUCUACAGUCCGCUCAGUGACGUGCAGUCUCCAUACACACUGAUCGACUCGAUCGUGCUGAUGCCUCACUGUAAGAACAUGGAUCUCUUCUCUUCAGAGGAAGGAGACUCCAGCGGGAACAGCGGCUGGGAAACAUUUCAGCGUUAUCGCUGUCUGGAGAACAGUCAGAGCGUCAUCAAGUCUCCGACCACCGACAUCUGCAGGAACUUCAUCUUCAGCAUCUCUGCCAUGCUGCACCAGGGAGCUAAAGAGUGCCGCUGUGACCCUCAGGGCUCUCUGAGCACAGUGUGUGACCCGAGUGGAGGUCAGUGCCGCUGCAGACCCAACGUCUCUGGGAGGAACUGUGACUCCUGCAGCCCGACCACCUUCCAGUUCGGACCCAGCGGCUGCAGAGCGUGUGAGUGUGACCCUCAGGGCUCUCAGAGUGAGUUCUGUGAUCAGCUGUCAGGUCAGUGUGUGUGUGUGUCUGGAGCCUCUGGGCGUCAGUGCUCUGGGUGUCUCCCGGGGUUCUGGGGCUUCCCCUCCUGCAGACCCUGCUCCUGUAACGGACACAGCGACGCCUGCGAGCCCCUCACCGGCCGCUGCCUCACCUGCAGGGACCACAGCACGGGACACACCUGCGACAGGUGUCUGGAUGGUUACUAUGGCGACCCGGUGUUGGGGUCAGGUGACCACUGCCGGCCCUGCAGGUGUCCCGACGGCCCCGGCAGCCUGCGGCAGUUUGCAGGAAGCUGUUACCGUGGAGACGACUCUCAGCACGCCGUCUGUGUCUGCAACACGGGAUACAAAG